AUGCGCACUCCCCCAUUGCGAACCUAUUUUCGUCUCAGCAACAUCACUCCCACAAUUCGUUCCCAUUCAUCCGCCAAACCCCGGCGGCCAUCGAGUAAACUCGGUCCUACCGUGUCACUGGAUCAUUUUCUCCAGAGAUCCAAGGCUAUUUCACUUUAUAGACGGAUUCUCCGGGAUUGUCGACGGAUUCCUGAUGCGGGGUCUAGGGAAGAGACGAGGAGGUUUGUGAGGGAUGAUUUUGAGAGGAAUAGGGGAGUGACAGAUCUGAGCCAAAUCAAAUAUUUAAUUGGUACAGGUAAAACGCAGUGGGAAGGAAUGGAAAGGUAUAUCACUGGGAUAUGAUGUAUUAUCUGGAUUGUGGGAAAGUGAUUUAUGGUGGGAAAAAGGUUGUAUAUCUACAUGCAUUGGUAUGGAGUAGCUAUGGAGUACGGGGUAUUGGAAAACAAUCAUUGAGGUUUGUAGAUUGUGUGGGCAAACUUCCAUUAUGGGCGUAAAAAAAGG